AUGUUCAACACUGCCUUUUGCAGCUUCAAUAUUCGUUGCAACCAACAAGACAUGCAUGCUCUCUUAAAUUUCAAGCAAGGAGUUACAGAUCCCUCAGCUGUCCUUUCCUCAUGGACCACUCAACUAGAUUGUUGUCAUUGGAAAGGAGUCAUCUGUAGCAACAUCACUAGUAGAGUCACUCAAAUCACUCUCCCCUGUUCUACAACUCUUCCUAGCUAUAGGGACGAAGAAGAUAAAUCACAUUGUCUUACAGGUUCCAUUCCCCUCUCCUUAUUGUUAGCAGAGUUGAAAUAUUUAGAAUACUUGGAUUUGGGAAACAAUGACUUCUUAGCAUUACAAUUUGAUUAUCUUCAUAAUCAUAAUUGUCAUAAUCUAUCUAUACCUACUUCUUCUCAUAGUCAGUGUGUCAACUCUUCAACUCUUCAUCAUCUUGAUAUAUCAUAUAACUAUAAUCUUGUCAUCAACAACCUUCGGUGGCUUCCCUACAUCUCCUCCUUAGAAUAUCUCAACCUCAAUGAGAUUGAUCUUAGCAUGGAAUCUAAUUGGCUUCAAUUAGUUACUAUGCUUCCAUCACUUUCAUUCCUCAAAAUGCGUGGUUGUCAACUUAAAGACUUGAGUUUGUCUCUUCAGUAUGCUAAUUUUACUAAACUCGAAUAUCUUGGUCUUUCUGCAAAUGAAUUUAACUCAGUGUUGCCUAAGUGGUUAUUCAAUCUUAGUUGUGGUAUUUAUCAUUUAGACCUUAGGUCAAAUUCUUUAAUAGGACAUCUACCUAAGGCUUUGUUAAAUCUUCGAGAACUAGAAAACUUGAUCUUGCAAGACAAUAACUUUGAUGGACCCAUUCCAGAUUGGUUAGGUGAUUUCAAACAUUUAAAAAUUCUUAUUCUUGGAAUAAACAAGUUUUCAGGAUCUAUUCCCACAAAUUUGGGAAAUCUAUCAACCUUGAUUGAAUUGGAUGUGAGCUCAAAUCCAUUGACAGGAGUUGUGUCUGAGAGAAAUUUAGCCAAAUUGUCAAAAUUAAAGUUAUUGUAUAUAUACUCAUAUUCCACGUUAAUCUUUGACUUUGACUCGGAUUGGAUUCCACCUUUUCAACUUGAGGAAUUAGUACUUGGGUUUUCAAAUCCCAACCUUCCUGCGUGGUUCUAUACACAACGAUCACUUGAAAUAUUAACUAUAUGGAAUUCAUCAUUUGAGGCUCCAGACAAAUUUUGGAAUUGGGUAUCAUCAGUGAUUGAACUCGACUUAGAAGGCAAUUUGAUAGACGGAGACAUGUCAAAUGUGUUGUUGAACUCUACAGUCAUUGACAUAUCAUCAAAUGGUUUGAAAGGUUGCUUGCCUCAAUUAUCACCAAAUGUGGUUUUUGUCUCAUUAUCAAAUAAUUCAUUAUCAGGAGAAUUGUCUUCCCUCUUAUGUGGUCAUAAUGUGUCGAAUGGGAAAAACAAUUUGUUGUAUUUGGACAUAUCAUUUAAUAAUUUAUCUGGAGGUCUUACGAAUUGUUGGAAGAAUUGGAAAUCUUUGGUUGCUGUUCACUUGGGAAGCAAUAAUCUAUCAGGAAAGAUACCUCCAUCACUGGGCUUCUUAUCUAAUCUCACCUCGCUCCAUUUGCAUGAGAAUAAACUACAUGGGGAGAUUCCUCUCUCAUUGCAAAAUUGUCGCAAGAUGAAUAGGCACAAGAUGAAUAAAGCCUUGGUUGAGUUUUUUCCGAACAAUGUGACAAUCCAACUCAAUAUGUUUUGUACGCUCAUGGAAGUUGGGAUUAUGAGCAAUAUGAAUUGUUGA